UUAAUUUAAAUUAAUGAAUUCUUGAAAACUUGGGAUUUGGAGGUUACAGUUUCUCUCUCCUGUCUCCUCCAUGGCUUCUGCCCUUAAUUUGGUAACCACAGGUGUCGUGAACCAAACCCAAUUCGGAAUCCCAGCAUCAUUAUCAAAAUUGAAGGUUUCAUUACCAAAUUUGAGUGAUUCAUCAUCAAGAUUCAAGCUUUACAGCGCCACACCACCUUCUUCAAUCUCUGUAACACCAGCAAUUGAAGAAGAAGAAGGCAAGAACCCAGUUGAAUUUCAGAAUCAGAAAAGAGAUGAUGCAGAAGAAGGUAAAUUCGAUUGGUAUUCAGAGUGGUAUGCAGUAGCCCCUGUAUGUGACCUUGAUAAGAGGGUCCCACAUGGAAAGAGAGUGAUUGGUCUUGAUUUGGUAGUUUGGUGGGACCCAAAUCACAAAACCUGGAAUGUGUUUGACGAUUGUUGCCCACAUAGGUUGGCUCCUUUGUCUCAAGGCAGAAUUGAUCAAUGGGGAAGAUUGCAGUGUGUUUAUCAUGGUUGGUGUUUUAAUGGUUCUGGCCAGUGCAACCUCAUCCCUCAAGCUCCUUCCGACGGCCCUCCGGUUCACAGUUCCAAGAAAGCAUGUGUAGCAUCUUACCCUUGUACAGUCCAAAAUGAUAUUCUUUGGUUUUGGCCAAAUAGUGAACCACAGUAUAAAAACAUUCUUACAAAGAAACAGCCUCCUUAUAUUGCAGAACUUGAUGAUCCAUCAUACGCCAAGUCCAUGGGAACUAGGGAUAUUUCUUACGGAUAUGAGGUUUUGGUUGAAAACCUUAUGGAUCCUGCUCAUGUUCCUUAUGCACAUUAUGGAAUAAUGCGAAUUCCAACUGACAAAAACAGACCCAAAGCAGAUAGAGAAGGCGGGAAACCUUUGGAGAUCAAUGUUCUCGAACUUAACAAAACUGGAUUCCAUGCUCAGCAAGAGAAUGGCAUCAGCAAGUUUAUUCCACCGUGUGUCUUUUUUGUUCUUCCAAAGUCAACAACAAAUCAAGGCGAAUCAUUAUCCAAUCCUGAAAUGAAGUCAGAAGAGAAGCAGAGAAUAUUUCUCUUGAUUUUUUUCUGCAUUCCUGUCAGUCCUGGAAAAAGUCGAUUAAUAUGGGCAUUCCCUCGGAACUUUGCAGUCUGGAUUGAUCAGAUUGUGCCUAGAUGGGUGUUUCAUAUAGGGCAAAAUCUUAUACUGGAUUCAGACUUGUAUCUUUUGCACGUGGAGGAGCACAAGAUAAUGGAAAUUGGACCUACCAAUUGGCAGAAAGCCUGCUUUGUUCCUACCAAAUCAGAUGCCCUUGUAGUUGCCUUCAGAAAAUGGCUGAAGAAGUACUCUGGAGGUCAAGUUGAUUGGAGACUGAAAUUUGAUGGAUCACUCCCUCCAACACCUCCUCGUGAGCAGCUUAUGGAUAGGUACUGGACUCAUGUGGUGAACUGCACCAGCUGUAGUUCUGCAUAUAAGGGGCUCAAUAUUGUUGAAACUCUGCUUCAAAUCACGUCUAUUGCUCUAAUUGGGGUUGCUGGAGUGACCAAGCAGGGAGCAUUAACCACUUUUCAGAGAAGUGCUCUAUUAUUGGCAGCAUUGUUAUGUUUUUCAGUGUCAAAAUGGUUGUCUCAUUUCAUAUACAAGAAUUUCCACUAUCAUGAUUAUAACCACGCUCUGAGAUGAGCAGCCCUCAGGCCAUAUGAGUUACAACACCCUUAAAAUAUGUCAAUAUAUACAACACAUUUGAUGUAAUUAAGCUGUUGCUUGUAAUUGGAUGCUUUUUGGAGGGAAUUUGAAUAACAUAUUGGUAACUUAGCUCUUCACCUUUCUCAUAAACGGCUGUUGGAAUGCCUUAUUGCGCUA